CUGCCCUGUCUAGAAAAGUGCACCAGUGCCUAUGCCCCAGACAUCCCACUGAGCUAGGGAGGCUACACAGGGCUCCAACAAAGUCACUAUCCCAGUACCCCUGUGUGCUUAAAACCACAGCUGAGCUCCUAGAAUGCUGGCUCUUUGGGGGCAGGGACCUGUUUGUUUUGUUUGAGAGUGCAUUAGCGGGUGCAGUGCAAAUACUACAGGUCCCCAGGGUUUGAGAUGGUGUUACUGGUGAAGGGUAACAUUCAGUGCUUAAAGUGUGUGUGUGUUUGGGGGAGAGGGGUAACAUUCAGUGCUUAAAGUGUGUGUGUGUGGGAGGGUGUCACAAGGGAUCACAGACCCAGCAAAACAUCACAUGAAAUAAAAUAAACCCAGCCAAGGUCGCUGAGGGGUGCACUUUUAGCACUGUCUGACCAAAGUUGCUAUUCCCAGCUUGUAACAGGCUCCCCCACACUCGGUUCAGACCACUUUCAGCGGCACACGUGCUCUUGCAUUUGUAAGUGGGCUCUUGGGUUGCUUUUGCUGUUUCCCUCUGUGGGUAGUAAACCUCAGAGGGACUCAAACAGCAUAAAUUAUUCUUCAAGAAUCAACUUUGGUCCCCCUUUCACUAGAGACGCUUCAUGCAGACGGGCCAUCCAUCUUCAGGCUGUCUCUUAAAAGUGUCAAGCCGCAACCAGCAUUAAAAAGAUUCACAGGGCCGCUCUAAUCCAGGCUUCAGCCCCCCUUUUAUUCGUGUGUGUGAAACUUCGGGAGAAGGUUGAGGGGGGAGCUGCCUAGUAACUCCAGUAGGAGGGUUGGUUGACACAGGACCCAGCAGACAAAAGAGGCGAACUACGUGGCUUCAAUUCAAAAGGAGAGCUCGGGCUUCUUGCAAAAGCAUCAGUCCGCGUAAGGGACAGAGUGGGAGUAACUUCCAUGCAGUGCAGGGCUCCCGUCACAGACAGCCCAGUCAGGAGCUCGCACCGUGGGGAUGACACACGCAUGCUGCUGCUGCUGCUGCUGCUCGGCGAGCACUGUGUCAUUUGCCAGCCACUGCCCAUGGACCGGGGGGUUUAUUUGCUUUCUUGCAAUGGCUCCAGUGACAGAUCCGAACAAGUGGGAGCGACGCUGAUCUCCAUGGAGCCCCCUCCUGCCUCUGGCUGCUGCACCGUGUGAAGCCGCCCCUGCCAGGACGGACCAUGAGGGGCGUCUUUGGCUUCAAGAGGCUGAGGCUGAAGAUGUGGAGGAGAUGCACGCUCCUGCUCUUCCUCUGCUGGGCUGCCUGCUGGCUGCUGGGCAGCACGUUCCUCUUCCUUGUCCACAGGAGCGUCUUCUCUGAGCGCUGCACGGACGAGAAAAGCCACAGGAUCCUGGCGAGGCUGUGUCUUGACUACAGCAAGGGAGCCCUGACUGGCGACCUUUGUGAAGACUUGUGUGUGGCACAGAAACUGGUGUACAAACAGUGCCUUUACUAUGACAGAGGUAAGAAGGUCAUCCAGGCGGACUGGAAAGGCCGGCCAGUCAUCUUGAAAUCCAAAAAGGAAAUCUUCUCUAGCUACCAGCGCCUCAGAUUGCUUGAUGAAAUGGAAACACAGGAUGUUCCUGAGACAGAGCUUCUGCUGAUGGUAGCUUUGGAGGUCAAAAAUGUCCUGGGUCUGGAAUUAUCUAACACCACCAUGGCACCCUUAUGGACUAGGAAGAGAAGUCUGCAUUGGAAAGCACAAGUGGCCAGCAUGUGGUCCUUACUCCAACAGGAAGAAUAUAUCUACUUCAGUCUACUGCAGGACUUCAGCAAACAUGUCCUACAGGUCAUCGGCUCCUGUGGCCACUUUUAUGCUGUGGAGUAUCUCACAGCUGGACAUGCCUGGCACAGAACUAUUUUUCCUUUGGAGGAUGCAGUUGGUCCCUCCUUCACUGGCACUAAAAGCAAGAUGAAGGCAAUAACUGACAUUGCACUCAGCUUCCUAGAUAUGGUGAAUCAUUUUGAUAAUGAUUUCUCUCACCGGCUUCACCUGUGCGAUAUCAAACCAGAGAAUUUUGCUAUCCGAAAUGAUCUCACGGUGGUCGCCAUUGAUGUGGAUAUGGCCUUUUUUGAACCUAAAAUGAGGGACAUCCUUGAACAGAAUUGCACAGAAGAUGAAGACUGUAAUUUUUUCGAUUGCUUUUCAAAGUGUGACCUGAGACUCAGAAAAUGUGGGGCAGAGAGGGCCAACAACAACCUGCAAGUCAUCUGUGACAAAAUAUUCCGUCACUGGUUUUCUCCAAAUCUCAGGGGAGCCACAAUUUCCUUCCCUCUGCAGUUGCAGUUGCAAAAGGCUGUUCAUGAAUGUGCCAAACCAGGGCCCAAGGACUUGACACACCACCAGCAAACGUCUCUGCGUUCUCUGUCUGAGUUAUACCAUUUGCUGCAAGCCAGUCAAAGAGAACUUCAAAAAGCAGAUGGUUAGCCUGGUGAAAACCACUGGUAACGAUGAUAUAUAAUAAUCAUCACUGUCAGCAGUCUCUCUCUCUCUCUCUUUCCCUGCCCCUAGCCAUUGUCUUAAUUUUUACAGUGUAUAGUUUAUUUUUUUUACUAUGAAAAUAAAAUCAUGAUUGAA